ACUCUUUUGUUCAGUAGCGCUCAGCUGCUGGAGAGGUGAGCACCACUUCGCGCUCUGCACUCAUCGCGGCUCCUCUCCGAAAGAAACGCGUUCACUGUUCGAGACAUUCAUACCCUGCAUGCACAAGAGACCCUGUGACACCCGAUCAGUUUUGCGAAUCUGCUUCGUUUUCUGCCGCACUUCAAGUGCUUUUUACGCGUCGCUGGAUGGUUCAGCUCUCCGUAUCUGUGGCGCUAUAGCACCUGCACCGUACCGUAUCAGACCGACGCUCCUGUCAGGCUGCUGCAUCGCUCUACAUUCCUGUGGACCGGACCUCGUCUAAAAAGGUGCAGCAGGAUGCAGGGCGCUCUGCCUGGGUGUGGACUGCAGCCCCUGCUGGCCCUCCUUCUGCUUCAAACUGUGGGCUGUGGCGUAACCGACGCAGACACCAUGGUGAAUAUGCGGAAAGUGACCCAUCAGACCAUUAGCGAGGAGAUGUCCAAAGCUGUUCUCCUCCCCUGCCUCUUCACCCUGCGCCCCGGGGCCAGUUCAUCCCAUGAGCCCCCCCGGAUCAAGUGGACCAAGGUCUGGGGCCAGAGAGGCUCCGACGGCCUGCAGAAGGAGCAGUCGGUCCUGGUGGCUAAAGACAAUGUGGUCAAGGUGAAGAAGGCCUUUCAGGGUCGUGUGAUGUUGCCUGGUUACAAUGAGAACCGCUACAAUGCCAGUCUUGCUCUGUCAGGGCUGCGCUCCAGCGACUCGGGCCUGUACCGCUGUGAGGUCGUGGUGGGCAUCAACGAUGAGCAGGACACAGUUCCCCUGGAGGUCACAGGUGUUGUAUUUCACUACCGGGCUCCUCAUGACCGCUACGCCCUGUCCUUUGCUGACGCCAAGAGAGUGUGCGUGGAGAACUCUGCAGUCAUCGCAACACCAGGCCAGCUGCAGGUUACCUUUGCUGACGGAUACGACAACUGUGAUGCAGGCUGGCUGUCUGACCAGACUGUGCGGUAUCCCAUCCAGUCGCCACGGCCCGGUUGCUAUGGCGAUCGCGAGGACUCACCUGGAGUCCGUAACUACGGUGAUAGGUCAUCCGAUGAGCUGUUUGAUGUCUACUGCUUUGCUAAGCAGCUUCACGGUGAAGUCUUCCACUCCACUGUGACGGAGAAGUUGAGUCUGGCCACAGCCUCCACCCACUGUCACUCCCUGGGAGCCCAGCUGGCCACCGUGGGUCAGCUGUACCUCUCCUGGCAGGCCGGUCUGGACCAGUGUGACCCCGGCUGGCUCGCUGACGGCAGCGCCCGCUACCCCAUCAACGUCCCGCGGAAGAACUGCGGCGGAGACGAGCCCGGCGUGCGGACCGUCUACAACAAGCCUGACCGCACUGGCUUCCCCGACACCACAGCUCUGUACGACGCCUACUGCUACCGAGCCCACCACACAGAGGGGGUCCAGGCUGUGGAGGCGCAGGCUUUGUACCAGGGACCCGACCCAGCAGCAGAGCCCAUCUCUCCAGUCACUGAAGCCCAGCGUAGUGCCUCUUUCUCCAAAACCUCCACCUGGACUGGCCUGGUUGACUUGGACAGCGCAGGAGUCAGCUCCAUUGCUGGGAACAACGACUCCUCUGAGAUCUCUGAAGAGCACGUAGUCAUCCAUUUAAGACCGGAGGAGGUUUGGGAUGAAAAACAGGCGAGUCAACUGAGCCAGGAAGAGUCUGAAGGCCCAAAGAGCAGCAGCGCCAUGAGCCUUCCAGACCAGGAGAACCAUGGGGGGUCUGCUCAUGAAGAAGAAGAUGGUGGCUAUUAUGGUUCAUCUGACACCCCGACGUUAUCCUCCAUAGCUUCUUCCACUCCCCAGUCACAGACUAGUAACAGUGUGUUGGCUGAGUUUAUGAACACUCUGGUAAGGCCCUUUAGGUAUUUGACAGCAGGUAAGGAGGUGGAGGAAAAGAGACUUUCAGUGAUUGAAGAAAAAGAAGGGGAGAACCAGACACAGGGGGAAGCAUCCAGUAGCAACCUGAGUAUACCGAGACCAAGUGGAAACAAGGGCAGCAUGGACAAUGCUAUUCUGGAGCACAGGAGUUUAUCCUCCAGGACUCCCACCAGUGGACUACAGGCUCCAGAGGAAGGUCUGUCUGAGCAGGAGAAAGAGGUGAUGCCACUGGUUCGAUUAGUGCCUGCAGUCCAAAACGAUGACACCACUACCCAGCCCGGAGAAAAAGCCUCCAGCACGUCUUCUAACAGCCCUCCAUCCAGCAGCAGUAACGGAUUCACUGCCACAGGUCCCAACGAGAGAUCGCCACCCACUGAACAUGUCAUGGUAUCCAGGCCUCAGGGUCCCAGAGGUGGCCCUGCUUUCUCUUCAGACCCCAACAACCACUUUCAGUGGGCCAUCAAAUCCAUGCGUGCCUCUAAACUAGGUCCUCCUGGAAAGGCGCCGUUUUUGGGUAAACGCCCCACCUGGGAGCCUAUGGAAGCAAAGAGUGGGCCAGUCGAGGUGAUGACCCUGCCCACCUCCCUUCGACGGGACAUCCCUGAAAACUAUUCUGGUCAGGGGAAGGACCAGGAUGCAGAAGAUGUUAAUGCUGCCAGAGUGGCAUCAGGGGAGGAGAAGGAGAUGGAGGGGAGUGGUGAGGGGAGCAACUUUCCUGAUGGGUUUGGAUUGAAAGCCAACAAGACUUCACUCAGCCAGACUGAGGCUGCGACUGUGGCAGAACACACUACUCUCUCCCACUGGCAGCUGGUGCCACAGCCCACCACCACACCUUCAGACACAGCAGAGGAGGCCAGGGGAGAGAUCCUCUACGUCCACAGGCCCACUGACCACCUCUCCUCUGCUCCUUCACGAAGAGGAGAAAGCAGUUCAAAUCCAGGUUUCACUCCUUUAUCUACAAAGAACAGUGAAGAAACCAGCGUAAAGGAGGUGGUGACAUCUACACCUGAAGCUCGUAUGGAGGUGCUGACAACCUCUGAAGUGACCACAGUGGAGCUUCUGACAACCAGAGACACGCAGAGGACGGAUCCUACCACCACAGCAACCACCACAGCAAACUCCUCAGAGAACGCCACCACCGAGGAGUCGUCUAUUUCCAUCUCAUGGGUUCAGGAAGACAGGGAGAAAACAACACCCAACCUCUCAGCGACUCCCGCAACCGGCGACGGAUCUCAAACGACUACGGGCGUUGUUCAGUUGACCACUUUUGCAUCUGACUCUAACGUUGGCGCCACACAAAUGGAAUCCAGGUCUGCCGUGUCUGAGUCCUUCGUGGUUGGAAGUCGAUGGACACCUUUCAAAACCCCCAAGUCAGAGGACCAUAAAACUACAAAAGACAACAAAGACACAAACAACCCUUUCGGCAUGCUCAUACCCAACUGGGCCUUCGGACUCGUCCCAUCAGUGGAGAAUAACCCAUGCCAGACCAACCCGUGCCUCCAUGGAGGGAGCUGCCUGCAGGAGGGGGAUGGCUAUAGCUGCUACUGUCCUCAGGGCUUCUCUGGAGAGAGCUGCGAGAUUGACAUUGAUGACUGCCAGUCUAACCCAUGCCAGAAUGAGGGAACCUGCAUCGAUGAGAUCAACUCCUUUGUGGUCUUUGUCUGCCCAGCUACGGAGGAGCGACUUGUGAGAAAG